GCUGGUGACAGCACCCACCGCAUGAUGCGUGCUCCCCGGAGGCGCCGCUGACCGCCAGCUGCCUGCAGCCCGGACACACCGCUGCCCGCUUCGUCUCGGCCACCGCCAGCCCCGCUCCCUGCCGCCCGCCCGCCUGCACGAAGCCCUCGGCCUCGCACCAGCAUGACGGAGAUCCAGGACCUGGCCUCGCAGGCCUCGCUGGGCGUGGUGUCGGCCACCUGCGUCUCCAAGGUGGAGCUGCGGGUCAGCUGCAAGCACCUGCUGGACCGCGACACCCUCAACAAGUCCGACCCCUGCGUCGUGCUGCUCAUGCAGUCCCAGGGCCAGUGGAUGGAGGUGGACCGCAGCGAGGUGAUGAAGAGCAACCUCAACCCCGUCUUCUCCAAGAUCUUCAUGGUGGACUACUACUUCGAGGAGGUGCAGAAGCUGCGCUUCGAGGUCUACGACAGCCACGGCCACGCCAGCAUCGGCACCCACGAUGACGACUUCCUGGGGGGCAUGGAGUGCACUGUGGGCCAGAUCGUGGCUCAGAAGCGCGUGACCAAGCCGCUGUUCCUCAAGUACGGGAAGUACGCCGGCAAGUCCACCAUCACGGUGCUCUCCGAGGAGAUUUCUGGCAACAACGGCUACGUGGAGCUCGCUUUCCGGGCCAAGAAGCUGGACGACAAGGACCUAUUCAGCAAGUCGGACCCUUUCCUGGAGAUCUACCGGAUCAACGACGACCGCAGCGAGCAGCUGGUGUACCGCACGGAGGUGGUGAAGAACAACCUGAGCCCCGUGUGGGAGCCCUUCAAGGUCUCGCUGAACUCGCUGUGCAGCUGCGAGGACAAGAGGAGGCUGCGGUGCGUGGUCUGGGACUACGACACCCGGGGCAAGCACGACUUCAUCGGCGAGUUCUUCACCACCUUCGAGGAGAUGCAGAAAGCCACGGGGGGGAACAAGGUGCAGUGGGACUGCAUGAACCCCAAGUACAAAAUCAAGAAGCGCAACUACAAGAACUCGGGCAUCGUCAUCUUGCUGGAUCUGAAGAUCCACAGGGUCUACUCCUUCCUGGACUACAUCAUGGGAGGCUGCCAGAUCCACUUCACAGUGGCCAUCGACUUCACGGCCUCCAACGGGGACCCCCGCAACAGCUGCUCCCUGCACUACAUCAACCCCUACCAGCCCAACGAGUACCUGAAGGCCCUGGUCGCCGUGGGCGAGAUCUGCCAGGACUACGACAGGGCGGGGGUCACAGACCGAGUGUGGGCACGGGGAAGGGCAGAGCGCCGGCCCCAGGUGCUGGGGGGGCAGAAGGGGUCUGUCCUGAGCGCUGGGGGUGGCAGGGGUCCUGUCCCCCUCCCCUCACCGCGUCCGUGUCCCCGUCCCCCCGCCCGGCAGCAAUACUUCAUCCUGCUGAUCCUGACGGACGGCGUGGUGACGGACAUGGCGGACACGCGGGAGGCCAUCGUGCGCGCCUCCUACCUGCCCAUGUCCAUCAUCAUCGUGGGGGUGGGCAACGCCGACUUCACCGACAUGCAGAUCCUGGACGGGGACGACGGCAUCCUGCGCUCCCCCAAGGGCGAGCCCGUCCUGCGCGACAUCGUCCAGUUCGUGCCCUUCCGCGAGUUCAAGAACGCUUCGCCCACGGCGCUGGCCAAGUGCGUGCUGGCCGAGGUGCCCAAGCAGGUGGUGGAGUACUACAGCUACAAGGCCUUCCCACCCCGCUGCCCCAAGGCCGAGACGCCCGACUCCACGCUCAGCUCCCCGCAGUGACCCCCAGACCCGCGC